AUGGAUGCAGACGUGCAAGCGCCAGCCUCCCUCAUACACUAUUAUAAGCCGGGCACCGGAUCUAAACCAACAUCCAUGGGGAUGAAUCUUCUGCCGGUACAAGACUGUACAUUGGAAAUAUAUAUAUCCAUAGAUUUUAAGCUAUACACAGGCCCAUUCCGUACAUUAAGGAUUGAUAGGGGCUUAUGUCGCUCCAGCUUUAGUGCACAAGCAAAGUGA